UUCAGCUUUGGACUACUACAGGUUUCGGCUACGUUUCGAUCAGUUCUCUGAAAUGAUAAGCAGAUGCUUUGUCGUUGUCUAUGGCAUUGCCCUCGUGUUCGGUGUGCAGGCCGCUGGAGCAGACUAUGCCGAUGACUGCACUACACCCAAUGGGGAGUCGGGUCAGUGCAUGCCCUUCUCCUCCUGCAAGGACAUUGAGGAACGGCUGACGGAGAGCCAGACGUCGGGCCAGAGUGUGCCAGCCGAUUAUGCCAGCUAUCUACAGAAGGCUUCCUGCGGGGAAAUAAAUAGUGUGCGCCACUUUUGCUGUCCUGCUGCCCAGAUCCAGCACAACUCCAAGGUGAUGGCUCUGUUUAAGAACGAGACCUUCGACUGUGGCAACUUUCUGAGCCAGCGCGUGGCCAAUGGCUACGAGGUGAAGCUGUCGUCCAGGCCCUGGAUGGCCCUGCUGCGCUACCAGCAAUUCGGGGAGCCGCGUUUCCUCUGCGGCGGUGCCCUCAUUUCAGAGCGCUAUAUACUGACUGCUGCUCAUUGUGUGCAUGGACUCCAGGAUGAUCUCGAUGAGAUACGGCUGGGAGAGCAUCGAAUUUCAACGGAGGAGGACUGCAGACAGCAGGGACGCAAGAGGAAGUGUGCGCCGCCUGUUGUGGAUGUGGGCAUUGAGAAAUAUAUUAUCCACGAGCACUACGAUGCCCGCCAGAUCAUGAACGACAUUGCCCUGCUGCGAUUGAAGAGAAACGUUCCUUUCCAGAAGCACAUCAAACCGAUCUGCCUGCCGAUUACAGAUGAACUGAAGCAGCAGGCGGAGCAGAUCAACACCUACUUUGUGACCGGCUGGGGCACCACGGAGAAUGGCUCCUCCUCCGAUGUCCUUCUCCAGGCGAAUGUGCCCCUCCAGCCACGUUCGGCCUGCUCCCAGGCCUACCGUCGUUCUGUGCCCCUAACGCAGCUGUGCGUCGGCGGCGGUGAUCUCCAGGACUCGUGCAAGGGCGACUCUGGUGGCCCCCUGCAGGCGCCCUCCCGCUAUCUGGGAGAGUUUGCCCCUCGCAUGGUGGAGUUUGGGAUCGUCAGCCAGGGUGUCGUCUCCUGCGGCCAAGUGAGUCUUCCCGGCCUCUACACGAAUGUCGGCGAGUAUGUCCAAUGGAUAACAGACACCAUGGCAAGCCACGGUCUGUAAGAGAAUCGAUGCACGGCAAUAGAGAGAAUGAUCUACACCCAAUAUUAUUGUGUAUUUAAGUAAUUAGGAAACCCAAAUAUAAUUAUAUUAUAUUCAUAUUUGUAAACUUA